AUUGCAACAAACCCUAGAUCAGAUCGGGGUUUAAUUUUAUCGUUUUUCUCGAUUUCUCAUCCGUAUUUUUCUCGCUUCCAUGGCUCUUCUUUUCUUCUGGCAGUAGGGGGGAGGAGAUGAUAUGAUGGAGGAGAAAUACGAGAAGAAGGCAAUAUAUCACGAGAAGCAGAGAUUACAGUUCUGCCUCUUGCAUGCCCUCAACAACCUUCUCCAGGACAAGGACUCAUUCACUCGAGCAUACUUGGAUGCCAUUGCCGACAAACUCAUUGUUAUUGACCCAAACAAGGAAAGCUGGACUCCGCUCUCUGUGAUCCUCAAGCCCCACCAUAACACCCUGACAGGAAACUACGACGUAAAUGUACUGAUUGCGGCACUGGAGGGGAAAGGGAAAAAGGUGGUUUGGCACGAUCGUCGUACUGCAGCUUCAUCAAUUGACCUCAGCCAAUCUGAUGAAACGUUAAUGGGUAUUGUUCUCAAUGUCCCAGUCAGAAAAUAUGGCGGGCUUUGGAAAGGCAGGCAUUGGAUUGCACUGAGGAGGAUUGAAGGGGUCUGGUAUGACUUGGACAGUGAUCUCGCUGCACCCAAACCAUUCCAACGUGAAGAAGAAGUAAAAGCAUUCUUGGAUGAUGUUAUCGGUCAAGGUGGGGAGGUGUUGAUUGUCCUGCAUGGCGAACAGUAGAUGGUUCUUGCCAUCUUGUUCCUUCAAUUGAUGGGCCAGGAGUGAAUCUCUGGAGUCGAUUGUUGUCAUCUUACAUCCUAAAUGCUGGUGAGUAUUAUUACAGUUACAGCCUAAUGGCCUUCAUGAGGAAGUUGAAAAGGGGCUACUUGAACAAUUCAAUUGCAUUGGUAUGCGUCAUUGUAUCUGCUUCAUGCCUGCUGGUUUUACUUGUUUCGAUGCUUAGACUACCAGAAAUAUCAUUAGAGAGGGGCAGAAUCCGUUCCCCAAGGUUGUUGAAAUUUGGGAAGAGACUAGAGGAGGAAGAGAGACUCGGGAAGCUCGCGGAGGUGGUGGUUGGGAUGUUACCAGACGAUCUUGCUUUCACUAUCUUCAUCCCGUCGGAGGAAGCUUUCGAACGUGAUGUGAAACUAUGGGCCAAUGACAGCCUGGUGGAACAGAAAGCAAAUGAUACGUUUGCUAUUCUCUCUCGUUUAUUGGCAUUCUCGACAGUUCCUCAGCUCUUGCCCUUUUUUGAAAUACCCUUGGAUAGGGAGAUCUCUCUGGAUUCUAUAUCUGGAUUCAGAUUAUAUGCUUUGAGGACUUCUGAUGGCACCCUUGUCGUUAACAACAUCCAAUCAGAAUGGGUUGAUCUCAGAAAAGGGAAGAUCAUCGUACAUGUAAUGAGCGGGGUGAUCAUGGAUGCUGAAUUCAAGCAAUCGUUUCGACCUGAUUAUGAUGAUGAAGAUUAAAUCUCCCAUCUGGAUGCCUGGUUUUGUCAAAUACCGGCACAGCUUGACAUAAUAACAGAAACCCUCGUGAACUCUGGCAGGUAGUACAAAAAAGAUCGGUUCUAGUUUCAUAGUGACAUCAGCAUUCAUUCAACAGACAGAUGCAUACUUUACUCUUGUUGAUAGUUUUAGGAUAUAUAUAAGAACAAAGAAAUGUUGCACAUCUUUCUUCUUCCUCUUCUUUUCCCCAAAGGACCUAUAUCCAUUUCAAAAGAUGUUGUAACAUAUUCAAGUUCCACCAAAAAAAAAUAGGGUUAUUGCAUGGCAGAUGCCUUUGAUGAUGUUCUAUUCUGUGUGGA